AUGACGGUGAUGUCGGGGGAGAAUGCAGAUGAGGCUUCGGCCGCUCCGGGUCACCCCCAGGAUGGCAGCUACCCACGGCAGGCCGACCACGAUGACCACGAAUGCUGCGAACGCGUGGUGAUCAACAUCUCCGGGCUACGCUUCGAGACGCAGCUCAAGACCCUGGCACAGUUCCCCAACACGCUGCUGGGCAACCCAAAGAAACGCAUGCGCUACUUCGACCCCCUAAGGAACGAGUACUUCUUUGACCGCAACCGGCCCAGCUUUGAUGCCAUCCUUUAUUACUACCAGUCAGGGGGCCGCCUGCGCAGGCCGGUCAACGUGCCCCUGGACAUGUUCUCCGAGGAGAUCAAAUUUUACGAGUUGGGCGAGGAGGCCAUGGAGAAGUUCCGGGAAGAUGAGGGCUUCAUCAAGGAAGAGGAGCGCCCCCUACCUGAGAAGGAGUACCAGCGUCAGGUGUGGUUGCUCUUUGAGUAUCCGGAGAGCUCAGGGCCUGCCAGAGUUAUAGCCAUUGUAUCGGUCAUGGUCAUCCUCAUCUCCAUAGUCAUCUUUUGCCUGGAAACUCUCCCUGAGCUGAAGGAUGACAAGGACUUCACGGGCACCAUCCACCGCAUCGACAACACCACAGUCAUCUAUACUUCCAACAUCUUCACAGACCCCUUCUUCAUUGUGGAAACCUUGUGUAUCAUCUGGUUCUCUUUCGAGCUGGUGGUGCGCUUCUUCGCCUGCCCCAGCAAGACAGACUUCUUUAAGAACAUCAUGAACUUCAUCGACAUCGUGGCUAUCAUUCCUUAUUUCAUUACCCUGGGCACGGAGAUAGCUGAGCAGGAAGGAAAUCAGAAGGGCGAGCAGGCCACUUCCCUGGCCAUCCUCAGGGUCAUCCGCUUGGUAAGGGUGUUCAGAAUCUUCAAACUCUCUCGCCACUCUAAGGGCCUCCAGAUCCUGGGCCAGACCCUCAAAGCUAGCAUGAGGGAGUUAGGGUUGCUCAUCUUUUUCCUCUUCAUUGGGGUCAUACUGUUUUCUAGCGCAGUGUACUUUGCCGAGGCGGAAGAAGCUGAGUCGCACUUCUCCAGUAUCCCCGAUGCUUUCUGGUGGGCGGUGGUGUCCAUGACCACUGUGGGAUACGGUGACAUGUACCCUGUGACAAUUGGAGGCAAGAUCGUGGGCUCCUUGUGUGCCAUCGCUGGUGUGCUGACAAUUGCCCUGCCCGUACCUGUCAUUGUGUCCAAUUUCAACUAUUUCUACCACCGAGAAACUGAGGGGGAAGAGCAGGCUCAGUUGCUCCACGUUAGUUCUCCUAAUUUAGCCUCUGACAGUGACCUCAGCCGACGCAGCUCCUCUACUAUCAGCAAAUCUGAGUACAUGGAGAUCGAAGAGGAUAUGAACAAUAGCAUAGCCCAUUACAGACAGGCUAAUAUCAGAACUGGUAACUGCACCACAGCUGAUCAAAACUGCGUUAAUAAGAGCAAGCUCCUGACCGAUGUUUAA